ACUACAAUAUGGCAGCGCCCAUGUUAAACAUGACUUGACUUUGGAGCACGAAGGACGUGUUGCAUAAGCCGUUUGAUACGGAUUCUCUUUAUUGAAGAAGACACGUUGUUUCAACAGUAUACGGAGAAUGCGACUCCUCACAAGUAGUGGGAGAGUGCUGGGGACUUAUUGGAGGUCGAGACUGUAUGGCACUGCAGCAAAGGAUGUCCGUAAAGCAAUAAAGCAGGGUGACAAACUACAUGGAUAUACUGUCAAGAAAGUAUCUGAGGUGCCUGAGUUAUAUCUAACUGCCAUUGCACUGGAGCAUGAUACCACUGGAGCUCAACAUCUUCACACAGCCCGCGAUGACGACAACAACACAUUCGGUGUUGCAUUCCGCACAACACCGCUGGACAACACUGGCGUACCUCACAUCCUGGAGCACACCACACUCUGCGGCUCAGACAAGUUUCCUGUACGGGAUCCAUUCUUUAAGAUGCUCAGCCGGUCACUUGCCACCUUCAUGAAUGCCUUCACUGCCUAUGACUGGACGAUGUAUCCAUUUUCAAGCCAGAACCCUCAGGACUUCCAGAACUUACUGAGUGUGUACCUCGAUGCCGUGUUCCGCCCCACACUCAGGGAGCUGGACUUCAAGCAGGAGGGUUGGCGUCUGGAGCCUGAGGACCCAAGCAAUCCCUCUUCCCCACUCACCUUCAAGGGCGUCGUCUACAAUGAGAUGAAGGGCGUUUUUUCAAGCUCCCAGGCUCUCUUCAACCAAGUGGCUCACAACAAGCUCCAGCCAAGCCACACGUAUGGAGUGGUGUCGGGUGGAGACCCUGCUUACAUCCCUGAUCUCACGUGGCAACAACUGAAGGACUUCCAUGCCACACACUAUCACCCCAGCAACUCCAGGUUUUUCACAUAUGGCAGUUUCCCCUUGGAGAACCACCUCGAAUACAUCAACACCAACUAUCUGCAGCAUUUCUCACGAAUCCCUGUCAACACUUCCGUCCCAGCUGAACCUCGAUGGAAACAACCGCGAGAAACAAGCAUCACCUGUGCCCCAGAUCCAAUGGCCGCUGACCAAGACAAGCAGACGUCUGUUUGUAUCAGUUACUUAUUGAAUGAUAUGACCGACAGUGAGGAAUCUUUCACGAUGUCGGUGAUCUGCACACUUCUGGUUGAUGGGGAGACGGCGCCAUUCUACAAGUCUCUCCUGGAGGCCAACAUUGGCAGUGACUACUCGCCAGCCAUUGGGUAUGACGGACAUACGAGAGAAGCUACUUUCUCCGUUGGCUUGCAGGGAAUUCAUGAAAAGGACACCAACAGGGUGCGGCAGAUUAUUGCUGACACCUUUGACAAAGUCAUACAAGAAGGGUUUGAACAGAAGAGAAUUGAUGCUCUCCUUCAUAGCAUAGAACUUGCCCUCAAACAUCAAAGCAGCAACUUCGGUCUUGGACUGGGAGUGUCGGUAAUCUCCCACUGGAUCCACGACAGUGACCCGAGCAGCCACCUACAGAUCAAUGAGAGAGUUGCCCAAUUCAAAGAGAGGUUGAAAGACAAUCCCCGAUUUCUCCAGGAGAAAGUGCAGCAGUAUUUCAAGAACAAUCCCCACAACUUGACUGUGAGCAUGACCCCAGAAAGCAGCUAUGAGGUCAAGAGACAGGAAGCCGAGAAAGCCAAACUGGAUUCCCUGGUGUCGGUACUGACAGACAAGGAAAGACAAGUCAUCAUUACACAGACUCAAGAGCUUCUUGGUAAACAGGAUGCAGCUGAAGAUCUGUCCUGUCUACCUACACUGAGGGUGUCUGAUCUCAACAAGAACAUCAAACAAGAGAUUGUAGACACAACAAGUUUAGGAGGUGUUCCUAUCCAGUACAGCAAGCAGCCGACCAACGAGGUGGUGUACGUGACACUUCUAUCCAACAUGGCCGACCUGCCACCCCAUCUGUACCCCUACGUCCCUCUCUUCUGCAGUGUCAUCACAAAGAUGGGUGCUGGUCCGUACGACUACAAGUCUCUGUCAGAAGAGAUGCAGCUGUAUACUGGGGGUCUGUCCUCGGGGCUAACAAUAGCCAGCCAUCACACAGAGCCUUAUGCCUUCCAGCAGGGUGUCGCAUUCUCUUCCCACUGUUUGGAGAGGAACCUGAACAAGAUGGCGGAACUCUGGACACACAUCUUCACCAGCCCAGACUUGAAAGAUCUGAACCGACUGACAACGCUGAUUAACAUGGCUGCCAGCGACAUGGCCUCCAGUCUGUCCAACUCCGGCCACAGUUACGCCAUGAAACACUCUUCAGCAGGGCUUUCACCAGCAGCACAGCUCAGUGAGACUUUCAGCGGUGUCACACAGGUGACAACAAUGAAGAAGAUCGCGGAGUCCGGAGAUCACACGGAACUCGUACAACACCUGCAGGAAAUAGGGAAACAUAUCCUGUCCAAACAGAACAUCAGGGUAAUGGUGAAUGCAACUCCACAGUUUAUGGACACUGUGCUUGGCAAGAUGGAGCGCUUCCUGUCAGACAUCCCAGGGUCACCAGGAGGGGGCGCCACCAAACUCGUGAAGAACCCUUCCUUCGCAGUCAGUUCUUCACACACGCAGUUUGAGCUGCCAUUCUCAGUCAACUACAUGAGCAAGAGCGUGCCUGGCGUUAUCUACUCACAUCCAGACUACGCAAGGUUGAGAAUUUUGGCAAAUUUGCUGUCAAGGAAGUUCCUCCAUAGAGAAAUCAGAGAGAAGGGAGGAGCAUAUGGCAGUGGUGCUGCGUGCAACAGUGGCGUGUUCAGCUUCUUCUCUUACAGAGACCCUCAUUCCCUGCAGACAUUGGAUGUGUUUGAGGAGGCUGGACAGUGGGCAGCAGGCGGCAAGUUCACAGACCAGGACAUUGAUGAAGCCAAACUUGGCAUCUUCCAACAGGUUGACAAGCCAGUGCCGCCUGGAGACCGGGGGACGCUUGUGUUCAUCAACAGCAUCACGGAUGACAUGAGACAAGCCAUGCGAGAUCAGCUGUUCGCUGUGUCCAGGAAGGACGUUACGACAGUGGCGAACAAGUACUUGCUGAACAAGUCUGGAGCAAGGGGAGUGUCGUUCCUGGGUCCGGCCAACGCAACAGUCCAGGCAGACAACACAUGGAAGGUCAUCAAGGAGUGAGGUGGCCAGCAUCUCAAUACUAGACACUCGGAUUGGAAGAAAGUGCUAUAUUACUUCAUUGAGGAAUCAUUGUUGUUGUAUAACAAGUUGUAUUCACUGCUAAGGGCGGUGGGGUAGCCUAGUGGUUUCACGCCGAAGACCCGGGUUCGAUUCCCCACAUGGGUACAAUGAGUGAAGCCCAUUUCUGGUGCCCCCCGCCGUGAUAUUGCUUGAAUAUUGCUAAAAGUGACGUAAAACUCACUCACUUUAUUCACUGCUGAUGUGGGAGGAAGGCCAAGGCCCUGGAAUAUAAGUUAGAUGAAUCAGAGAUUUAAAACCCUCAAGUUGGACACAAAUGUUGCUGAUGCAGCUAUAUGGUUAAUUGCAGCAACCAACACCCUUAAGUUGAUUAUAGAAUGUGUAAAGUAUACUACUCAAAAGUAGUUAAGGAAAACCUCUUUCUUUCAUAUUACUAUAGUUAAUUUGUCAUGCCAUGAUAUAUGAACUAUAGUAAUAUGAAAUAAUCGGGUGUUCCUUAACUUCUUUUGAGUAGUAUAUAAUAAUAACCUACCACAAGAAAAGGAUGAGAGAAGCCACAGCGGCAAAAUUGUUCCUCCAUAUUUUCCAUUCAUUCAUAUACUUUAGUGAAUGCCUCAGUAGGAGGUAUACAUGAUACAUGAUACAUGAUAAACUCUUCUAUACUCUUUACAUAGCAUUUGAGUUAAGGAGAAGUUGAAAUAGUUGUACAUGUGCUGGCCAUAUUGACAGAAUGAUUGUUGUGGACGUGCAAGGGUGUGUGUGUGUUACAUGUAUAUUGAAAAUGUCAAUAAAUGUGUAACUAUAUUA